AUGACCUAUGCCCUAUGCCACAAUCAAAAUAUGAGAAGAUUCUACAAGGCCGCGUACAAGUUAGGAAACCGCUCAGCUGAGAUAGCUCCCCGUUCCGGCGUACUGAGCUAUCUCUUCCUCCAUGAACAAUCGGGUGUGGUUCCGAUAAGUUACGAAGGUUUCAUCAGAUUGCAUCCUGGUUCAAGGGAUGAGCCGAAAAUCUAUGCUGAAGUGGUGGUCCUGGGUCUGGUUUCCGGAGGCGAUGGCGGCAUGCAGUUUCUGCGUCCUAUGGAUGGUAACACGAUGGCGGCCGCAACUGCCUUCCAGCAGCAGCAACAGGUGGCAGCAGCCGCAGCCGCCGCUGCUUCCAACAUGCAACAAGUAACGCCCGCCUACAUCACGCUGCCCAUCACGAUGCCGGGAGCGAAACCUGGCGAUGCCCAACAGACGGUACAAAUUCAAGUGCUCAAUCCGAAUCCCGUGCAACCGCCAACUCAACAGGCGCCAAAACUUCAAAUGAGUCAGAUGCAAAUACCCAUCCAAGGCUUCCAGCAGGGAACCACUGUUCUAACCGUUGCCUAUGGGCCCCAGGAUGAUGAAAUUAUGCACAACCACGGCCUGCCGGAAGGUAUGACGAUCGUGGCGGCACUACAGCCACAGGACCUGCAACUCUUGGCACAGGCACAAAAUGCCUCACUUAUGCAGCAGCAACAACAACAUCAACAGCACCAACAUCAGCUGUCCAACCAUGAUGCUCCCAUGCAUCCUGCAAUAAAGGUCGAAAACGAUCAACCUCCUCCGAUGAGGCCGAUCAAGCAGGAAGCAGUUUGGAACAACAUACCGAACCUCACGGCUGCCCCUGCUUUUGGGGCUGAUAUCGCGGAAUUUUUACAGCAACGCGGACAGGCCUUCAACCUGCAACCAUUCCUUAAGUUUAACAACAACAAUGACUCUACGUUACCGCUAGCCCCCGGGGACCAUCUGAUAGGUGGCUCGAUACCGAACAACAACGCCGGAAAUGCCUACAUCAAGCGGGAGAUCAUCGACGAGAACUCGAACGAUAACACUCAGUACGGAGCAGACAGCAGUCAGGCCGAUAGUAGUUUCAAAGAGAACAGCAGCAUAUCGGGUGACACCAGUAGCAGUACCUUCCAGGAAUCGCCGAACGCGAACAUCGGAGCUUGCACCUCCACCACAAGCCCACCUGGCGAGGAUGGAACUCCUCCGGUGACGAAGGCACGCAAAAAGCGAAAAUACAAAUCGAAACCUCCGAAACCUAAACGGCAAAAACCCGGCCAGGUUCUCAUCACGACCGCCAUCGAUGGAACGGUUCUGUUUUGCUGUCCCGAGUGCCAGAUGGCAUAUCCGGAAAAAGAGUGCCUUGAACAGCACCUUGCGGUGCAUAAAAUCGAACGAAGGUUUAUCUGCGACAUCUGCGGCGCGGGCCUUAAACGGAAGGAACACCUCGAACGGCACAAGCUCGGUCACAAUCCGGAGCGACCGUACAUUUGUAGCGUUUGCAUGAAGGGUUUCAAGCGUAAGGAGCAUUUGAAUCUGCAUUUUGUGAUCCAUAGUGGGGUGAAAACUGAAAUAUGUGGAGAUUGUGGAAAGGGUUUCUACCGGAAGGAUCAUCUGCGGAAGCACAUAAAAUCUCACAUGACCAAACGGUUGAAGGAAGAAAAGGCAUCCAAUGGUACUGCGCCUGCGGGUCGUAGCAAUGGAAGCAAUACGAACAAUAGUAGUAGUAAUAGUGGUAACAAUAAUAGUGCUAUCGAUAGCAGUAGUAACGCAGUUUCGACAACAACGGCGACGUCCUCCUCAGAUCAUCCACCCAUAUCAUUGUCGUUACCUCCGGGGAUUCCUCCUGGACUAACAAUAACGGCUAGCAGCAACUCUUUACACAACCACAGCAAUAACCAUAGCCAUACGCCAUCACAUCCGCCUCCUUUGGCACAGGGAAUCUGCUUACCGCAGGGUGUCACGAUACAUGUCCCAACGGCCGACAACCAGACGUUACCGGUGCAGAUUUCGUUACCCCAACUGGUUGCCCAGCAGCAAACUGCGUCGGACGGUUCAACCAGUACAGUUUUAGUACCUGCAUCGGAAGCUCUCCAGCAGCAGCAACAACAACACUGACCUCGGCCCACACCGGUUACCUUUGCUCAGAGGAGACGCUAGACAAAAACCAGCUCCCAACAAUCCCGCUCUCCCCCGAUCCAAUCAACCCACUUUUCCUUCCCACCAGAAAAAAAAACGUGGCAGAACGAAAUACAAUACUCAUUUUUACUUUCAUGAUGUUCGAUAGUUAAGUUAAGCAGUAAUAGGUUCGUUUAGGUUUUGCCGGUUCCCUGUGUCCAAAUGUAAGGCCAGAAACCGGGCAGCAUGCAGCGACAAAUCCCAAAAGCCGUACCGUAAGUUCCCCUGAAAUGCGCUCGAGAUCCGUGGAAAAGGGGAGACGUGCAUUUGUUGGAGUAAUUACUGUCCAUGAGGUUGUUUAAUGUCUCGAUCAAUGCCUUACUUUAGAUUGCUCUUUUACAUCGAGCGUACAGAGCAAUUUCUGUACAUAUGUAGUGUAUACAUAUUUAGAAUCUUGUAUUUUGUUGUUUUCAUUGUUUUAAUCUGUAAUUAGCGUUAAACAUUUUACUCUCAUAGAACAUGUUUGGAAUUCAAAAGCCGAGCAAAAACUGCUUGAAGCUAACAGCAGAAUUUUAUAUUUUAAAUCUUAUAUUUAAAUUAUUUAUUUUCAAACUUCUUUCCUCCUGGGGCAAUCCCGGGCAGUGGGAAACUACAGUAGGGUCUUAUCAUCUGCAAAUGUGAUCCAAGUCAAAGAAAAACUUUCCCGCCGCACACAUGGGCAGCUUGUUGAUUUUAUUUUUAACUGGUAGGAAGUUAAUUCUACAAUUUAUUAUAAAUGGUAAAACGCACGCAACCGCACAUUGAUGAAAUUUAACCGAAAGAACGUAACAAAAAGGCAACACAACAAUACAAAGGUUUAACUAGUUUUAAGCUUUAAACAAAUAUUCACCAAUCUCACAAUUUAAUAAACAAAAAACGAGAUAGUAUUCGCAAUUCGAAACGCUCGGUCAUCUAUUGCUAAAUUGAUUUUUUUUAUUUAUGUAUAUUGUUGUUAAAAAACAAAAGUGUAACGGAAAUCAAAACAAUCUGAUCAAGAACGACUGGCUGUAGGUAGAAAAAAAUGUGAAUAGAACGAAAAAUUGUAGACACAAGACGCUAGUAAGUACCUAUUUGUACUAUGUACCGUGAAAGAUUUUUUUGUUCGUUUGUUUUUUUGUGGCAACGACAUACCGUGAAAUCCGUUGCUCCAUCUCAAUGAGGGUUAUAGAUGAACAAUAAACUAAUUUAUUUUUCGAUAA